AUGCCCAGCGGCUAUUGCAAUAUCAAACGUUUUAUUUGGCAAGUAGGAAAGAGAAGAUUCUGUGGAAUGUCUGACAACUCGGGCGCUAAAGUCAGUCAGCCACCAUGGCAAAAACCCAUGAAGCAGGGUAAAGAGGCUGUGCUUAAACUCUACAAUAGCAUGACACGAAGCAAAGAAGAGUUUGUGCCCAUUUCUGGUGGGAGACUUGUUUCAUGGUAUUCGUGCGGACCCACGGUUUACGAUGCGUCGCACAUGGGCCAUGCCAGAAAUUACGUUUCCAUAGACAUCAAUCGCCGUAUUCUGCAGGACUACUUCGGAUACAAUGUUCAAUUUGUGCAAAACGUCACGGAUAUCGACGAUAAAAUCAUCAUUCGUGCUCGUCAGUCGUAUUUGUUCGAGAAGUUUGUAAAGGAAAACCCUACGGUAACUCCAGAUAUCCGCGAAAGAUGCAACUCGGCUGUCUUUGAUUACAUUCGUACGAAUAUGAAACAAGAUUUUUCUUCAUUUGAACAAUAUGAGUCUUGGAUCAAAUCGCUAGACCUGACGAAAGAAAAACAAUUGAAUCCAAAAUUUGGCAUGCACAGUGCCUCUGUACAAAAGGCCAUAGAUACUUUGAAGACGCAGGAGCCCGCAGAGAGCUUUUAUGAAAAGAUUCAAGACAUUUUUAUUCCAACGCUUGACGCAGAGUCCGGAGAUCUCGUUAAUGAUCCUGAAACUUUUCGCAAACUACCUGCCUUUUGGGAGAAAGAAUUUGACAAAGACAUGGCCGCGCUAAACGUAUUGCCAUCGUCUGUAACUACCAGGGUUUCUGAGUACGUUCCAGAGAUUGUUGAGUUCGUGCAAAAGAUUAUAAACAACGGGUACGCUUACGCUGCUUCUGAUGGGUCUGUAUAUUUUGACACCAUCAAGUUCGAUAGAUCUGAUAAGCACGAAUACGCAAAGUGCCAACCUUGGAACAAAGGUCAACUGGAUUUGAUUUACGAUGCUGAGGGGUCUUUAAGCGAUUUCUCUUCCUCGAAUGGGAAACGCUCUCCUAACGAUUUUGCGCUUUGGAAGGCUUCUAAACCCGGUGAGCCUCAGUGGGAGUCUCCUUGGGGUAAAGGUAGACCUGGAUGGCAUAUUGAAUGUUCGGUGAUGGCCAGUGACAUUCUAGGACCUAACAUCGAUAUUCACACAGGAGGUAUUGAUUUGGCUUUUCCUCAUCAUGAUAAUGAGCUUGCUCAAUCGGAGGCUUGUUUUGACAAUUACCAAUGGGUUAACUAUUUCUUGCACACUGGUCAUUUGCACAUUGAAGGACAAAAAAUGUCUAAAAGUUUGAAAAACUUCAUCACCAUCAGCGAAGCUUUAGAGAAAUAUUCUUCACGCCAACUGAGACUAACAUUUUGCUCUGCCCAAUGGAAUAAUCAAUUAGACUUUAAGGAAACGCUACUUGUCGAAGUGAAAUCGUUGGAGCAGUCGCUAAACAACUUUUUCAGAAAUGUUCGUGCUAUGCGCAGAGACAUAGUUCACAGAGAGGAGUCUGGAGAAUAUGUUUCCAAGAAAUUAGGCGACAAGGAAAAGCAGCUACUACUAGACUUAGCCCACUACGAAAAUAGUAUUCAUGAAGCGUUUUGUGACAACUUAUCCACGCCGGCUGCCUUGAAGAAUCUGGGUGAGUUAGUGAGUAAAUCCAAUCUUUAUAUCGCAUCGAUUGGUUCGGGGCUUAAAAUCGAGCCACUGGUUGAUGUUGUAAAUUAUGUUACCAAAAUUUUGCAAAUUCUUGGAUUUCCUGCUAGACAAGACGGAUUGGGUUGGUUGGACGAAGGUAGCAACUCCAAUACCGGCGUUGCUAACCGAGAAGAACUAUUGAUGCCUUACGUCAAGUGUUUAUCUAAUUUCAGAGAUGAUGUUCGCCGUUUAGCCAUCGGUAAAGCUUCCAACUCGGAGUUUUUAAAACUUACGGAUAAGGUCAGAGAUCAAGAUAUUCUAGAUUUGAAUAUAUCAAUCGAUGACAGAAAUGAACAGGCUUCUCUUGUCAAAUUUCUCACCGAAGAGGAAAAGCAAGAAUACAAGAAAUUGAUUGUAGAAAGAGAUCAGCGCCAGCAAGAGAAGGAAGCAAAGAAACUUGAACAAACUCGAUUGAGAGAUGCUAAAGAGGCUGAGAAACGCAAAAAGGCAGAAAUGUCUCCAAACGACAUGUUUCGUAACACUGAAUUGUAUCUAGAGUGGGAUCAAGAGGGCCUCCCUCUUAAAAAUAAAGAUGGUUCUGACGUCACGAAGUCUAUGAUGAAAAAGCUAAAAAAGCAGUGGGAUCAACAAAAAAAGCUGCAUUCCGAAUAUUUUGAAUAA